CUCUCUCUCUCUCUCUCGCUCUCGCUCUCGCUCUCCGAAAGCCUCCGAUACUCUUCAGCUCCGGAGAGAUUAGAGAUCUCUUCUCGUUCUCCUGAUCCGAGAGCGAGGUCUCUGCAUUGCCAAGUGGAAAUCGUGUUCGUUGUUCAGGUUUUUGAAAGGAUCAAUCGUGUUUUUCCAAGAUGAAUAACCUUCUCACGGAUUCAUUUGAACUCCCACGUGGACAAGAUUCAAGAGAAGGAGAUAUUGAAUUAGGAAUGCAAGGCCCGAAUCCUGGAGACACAAGUUUAGAUGGUUUCUUCAAGCAGGUUCAAGUAAUUGAGAAACAAAUCGAGAAGUUGUCCAAAUUAUCAACAAAACUUCAGAAUGCACAUGAGGAGUCAAAGGCGGUUACAAAGGCAUCUGCUAUGAAAGGAAUCAAACAACGCAUGGAGAAAGACAUUGAUGAAGUGGGAAAGAUUGCAUUAGCUGCCAAAUCAAAACUUGAAGAACUAGAUAGAGAUAAUUUGAAUAGUAGGCAGAAGCCAGGAUGUGGGAAGGGCUCCAGUGUGGACCGAUCCAGAACUGCUACGACAGUUGCCUUGAAGAAGAAGUUGAAAGAGAGAAUGUCUGAGUUCCAGGAAUUACGGGAAAUGAUACAGCAGGAAUAUCGGGAGGUUGUAGAGAGAAGGGUAUUUACAGUUACUGGUAACCGAGCUGAUGAAGAGACUAUUGAUCGGUUGAUAGAGACUGGAAAUAGCGAACAAAUAUUUCAGAAAGCCAUUCAGGAACAAGGGCGUGGCCAGGUAAUGGAUACCCUUGCAGAAAUCCAGGAGCGGCAUGAUGCUGUUAAAGAAAUAGAGAGAAAGCUUCUCGAGCUUCAGCAGAUUUUUGUUGACAUGGCUGUGUUGGUUGAGGCACAAGGUGACAUGCUGGAUAACAUUGAAUCUCAGGUUUCUAGUGCUGUGAACUAUGUACAGACUGGUUCAGCUGCUCUUCAGAAGGCAAAGAAACUACAAAAGAACUCGCGCAAGUGGAUGUGCAUAGCCAUAUUUAUCCUACUGGCAAUAGUUAUCAUCAUUGUUGUUGCUGUGCUUAAACCAUGGAGCAAGAAUUGAUAGGAUGUGUCCUAUGUAAAUUACCGUGGUCGAAUAUGUCAGUGGCACUGUUUCAUACUCGAGUUCAAAUUGUUCUAUUUUUUUAUGACUUGUGUGUUGUGACCCAGCAUUUUUUUAUAGCAAAUUGAGUGUGAACAUAAAAUGAUGCUUUAAUGAAAAACUACAGCAGCAGUAGCAGAUGGUGUGUUCUGGUGA